CGCGGCUCCCAGUCACUCUCCGGGCGGCCGGGGGCAGCGGCGGAGCCGAGAUGGAGACUCUGCGGCGGCCGGUGGUGGUGACGGGGUUUGGCCCAUUUGGAGAACAUGCUGUUAACGCCAGCUGGAUUGCAGUUCAGAGGCUUCAAAUCUUGUGCGUGUCCCUCCCUACAGUUCUCAGGAUGUUUGGGGUUUGAGGGCUCUGGAAUUGAUGGUUUCACUUCUGAUGAGCCAGUUCCAUUCUGGGCUAAACUGUUAAAGUCCGACGUAUCAUAUGAGCAAGCACCUGACUGAAAUCUUGAUGGAGCUGGAGAAGCUUGGCUUGGGAGAUGGUGUGGAUCUGUAUGUAUAUGAAAUCCCAGUUGAAUACCAAACAGUACAAAGACUAAUUCCUGCAUUGUGGAAAAAACACAGUCCACAAUUGGUGGUUCAUGUGGGUGUAUCAGGUAUGGCUACAACCGUAACACUGGAAAAAUGUGGGCAUAACGUAGGAUACAAAGGCUUGGACAACUGCCGUUUCUGCCCAGGCUCUCAGUGUUGUGUAGAAGGUGGCCCAGAAUGCAUCGAUUCAAUUAUUGACAUGGAUGCAGUUUGCAAGAGAGUCUCAACGUUGGGACUUGAUGUCACGGUUACUAUAUCCAAGGAUGCUGGCAGAUAUCUCUGUGAUUUCACUUACUAUACAUCCUUAUACCAGAGCCAUGGCAGGUCUGCAUUUGUUCACGUGCCUCCACUGGGAAAACCAUAUACUGCAGAACAGCUGGGUCGGGCACUACAGGCUAUCAUAGAAGAAAUGCUUGAUGUUUUGGAGCAUUCUGAAGGCAAAAUCAAUUGUCGCCAUGAACACUGAAGCUGGGCAAAAGUCCUACUACUGUUGCACUUCCACAAUAUUCCCCACUACUAAGUACUGGGGAAGCAGCCUGUCUGAAAUGUACAGACAAAGAAUCAGCGACUUCAGAAUGAAAGUUAAUUCCACUUCCAGCAAUUCUGUGACAUUCUUUUCUUCCUGUGUGAAUUUCAUCUUAAGCAAGAAAGGAUUUCAAGUCUUUCUUUUAAACCACCUGUAACUACUUAUUUCCUGAAGUGGCUGAAAAAUGUGUGCUGUUUUCUACAGAGGAUAUCUGUAAAUCAAGUGACAGCUAUUGAGCAGUCUAAUACAGUGCAGAUGAAAAGGUUUACACCUGGAAUCAGAGUUCAUGUGCAGGGAAUUGAUGAUACCACCUUCUAAUUAGAAGUCCUUAAUUUAAAAGAUUUGCUGAUUUUAAAAAAAAAAAGGUUUUAAUGUAAAAUUAUAGCUAUAAGCAGUUGGCAUAGAAGAUUGGGCUUAUCUUGGGCUUAUAUUUUAAACAGUUCUUGUUCGGGAUGGGGAGUCAUUUAUAAUUGUUUUAGAGGGACACUGAAUCUUUUUGCCAGUUCUAAAAUACCAGUGCAUUAGUGUGGACGUCUGUUAAGACUUUAAUAGUGCUGCAAACAGAAGGGGUACAUGGUUUUGAUUUGAUGGGAAGCACUUGAGGUACAAAGAGGGGAUGGCUUUUUGUAUGUGGAAGACACCCAACCCGCACCAAAUAGUUCCGAAAAACUAUUUUUAUUGUGCUCUUAAUACCACCUUCCUUGCUCAGACUAACCAUAUACCUCCUUUACGAAACACAUCGUUUCAUAUGUGUAUAAAAUAAAACGUAUAGCGGUUGGAAAAGCUUUGCUAGUGACCACUGUUUCCACAGGGGUCUCUUUUCCCAGAACCUCAAUGCUAGAACUUACCCACCCCCAUACCUUAAAACCAACUCUGUACUUUUUUUUAUUUUAUUUUAUUGUAAAUGUCUGUUCUGUUUAGGGAUUGGAAGAAGGACGUCUAGUGGCUUGUGCUCCAGCUGUCCCUUGAAGACCCUGCUGGUGUGCUCUAAAAGGUUCCUAGUGCGAUAGACAUAAAUAUGCUAAAAUGUGAAUGAAAGGCAACCCCACCCCACAGCUAGCAGGCACUCAGCCUCACCCAAUGCCACCCUUAGUGCAGACCCAGAGUUGCAAUUAUCUUGUUUACUCCUGCGCUGAGCUCUGUUUGUGCUUCUCCUGGGGCACCGGGAAGGAAUGACCAGAAGGUACCACGGCUUCCAUUAUUAUCUAUAUUGCCUUUGGGGCCCCCAUGGGGCUCCACUGGGCUAGGUGCUGUACACACACACACACACACACACACAGUGGUUCCUGCUGCAAAGAGACUCUCCUGCAGCUCUGGUUUCAAGUCCCAUGGCUCAGUUCCCAGCGAAAGUAACAUAAUUCCUUUAGUGGCCUACAGCCAGGAGAAAACGAGUCUUUCUUCACUGCCUUACCUUUUUGGCCAUUAUCUACACCAGUGCAAACCAAUUGUAAUCUAUCUACACUAGGAAAAUCAGGACCCAGGGUUCUCUGCCGGGGUCACUCACCCCAGUGGUAGCAAACAUGCACUUUCUGACUGGUCUGUUCUAGUCUCAAAACCAAUUGUAGGGGGCAUGACGCAUCGGGGCAGAUAAUGUCCCCAUUCUAGCUGCAGCAUCCUCUUGGGCAGCAAAACUUUCCACACAAGCUGUGUUGUGGGCCUGGCCCCAUUCUAUCAGUUUUUAAGAAAGCCCUUCUCAUCAUGUAUAAACUGAGACUUGUAUUUUAAAAUUUCACUCCAUAGGGGCAUUUCUGGGUGGUCUCCAUGUGCCCUCUCUUUGGUGAGAUGAUUUCAUUUGUGCCAUUGAGGCUAGGUCUGAAGUGUCGCUUGCCUUGCAAAAUUUCCAAAGGCAGCACUUGGCAAGAUGGGUCUUCUGUUCUAGCCAAGAUUCGAAAAGGUCUUUGAACUGCUAGUAUGUGACCUUGACUCUAAAUUGUGAUGUAAGUAAAAGGUACGUAAUGCCACAACAAAAGUAAUGGUUAAAUUGGUCCUAGCUAGCAUGUCUUUUUAGGGAACCAUUUAAAUAAGAACUUAUGUGACUAGUCUAAUACUUUUACUAAAAUAGAUAUUAAACUGUGUUUUGAAACCUGUUAGAAAUAUCUGUUAAUGUUUUAAGUUCUCUAAUUAUGAACGGUUCUACUACAGUAUCUCUCAAUGAGAGCUGCCACUUUACUGCUACUUCCCACCAGGAAGUGUAGUGACAAAGAAAAUACCACUUAGCAUCUGAAUGCAUGCCAGAGGUUGGAGACUUCUGCAGUUGCAUUAAGGCCACUCUUUUGCUUGGGAAGCUAGUGCAUGGAGAUCUUCAGAUACACUUUUGAGUUACUUAAGAUUGGUUUUCUGGGGAAAUAGCUUCAUGUGUUCUUCACAGCUUUUCUGAUAGAACUUGCUUUAAAAGUCAAUGUACAGUCUCUCAUGUGCAUUAGAUGCAGAGUAGCACUUUGUCAGGCUUUCAGCAGGCAGGUCAGAUCACAAUUUCCAGUUUAGUAAUUUAUUAUAUUUAAUAUUUUGUUUAAAUAUUGAUGAUUUUACUCAUUUUUGUGAAUAGUGGAGGUAAUCUUGUAGUUUUCUCUUUUAUUGGUAAGCAGUUCUGAUCACUAAAAUGCAUCUUAACUGUUGAACCUCUUCAAAAGAGAGAAUUCAUAUAUUCCAUUAAAUAAAGCAGCUGACUUUUACAUAAUUUCUGAAACCAUUUAAUUUCCACUUAAAGAUUCCUGGCUAUGAACAAAAUGGAAGCAGAAUUUCUCAGCUUAAUGAGAGAGAAGGACCAUAGAGUUAAAACUCCAUGGGAUGGUCUCCUAAAGGGCUGCAGAUCAACAAACCCAUGUUCCUUGUAGUGCAUGUCCCCAGAAAGUCACAGACGAGGCUGCCCCUAAACAGAAACUUUUUUAUUGGUUCAUCUUGGCAGGUAUCUGCUUGUGUGGGCCACCUGUCUGCUGAACGUUCCUCCUAAUUCAGUAAGGGAAGUCGAGCAGGCCCGAUCCUCUGGAUCGUUGACCAGUUUUGUGUCUCAUUUUGGUCAGCGUUUCCAGUUCUAGAUAGGACACUGUCAGCGUCUUCCUGUUGAACAUUCAAUUGUAACUCUGAGUGCAGAUAGUCCUUGUGGAGUUGGUCAGCCUCAGAGCCCCUACUAGUGUUGGUACUGCACCGUGCUCGGUGGAAUCCACUCGAGUUUAGGAAUGGGUUAUAUUGUAUAAAACUGUGGAAGGAGGAGCGUCCAGUUCUGUGAACAGAGAAAGUAGGAGGGACGUGUCUUCUAGAGGAUAAAACUGCAUUCAGGAUUAGCUUGCUCAGUCAGUGGAGUCUCCCCAGCCAGGCACCCUUUCAGAAAUGCGUUUUGGGUCCCUUCCCGCAAUCCUUCUUUGAGGGGAAAAACUUCACUGAUUUCUGAGAGUGGGAGCGUGGGAUGGGAGCUCUGAAUGUCCGUGUCAAAGUUCUUAUUUCUACUAAUACGCUUCGCUUUGUUGUGAGCAGUGUUUUUAAUUGUUUGCAUUUCCUCACAGUCUGCUUUUAUAAAGCUUCAUGGGAUCAGUUUUAUUUGCUAGAAAAUAUAAUUUAUUUUAUCUUUUGUUUUGAGAAUAAGUAGUUGAUCACCUCUUUAAAGAGUUGGUUUCUCACUUUAUUAGCCAAGUUUUGUAUAGUGAUUUUUUAAUUGUGACAUUAAACUCAUUUUGUUUAAAUCUGACCUAAAUUAAAUACUUUUGUGGGUUUUUUGCUGAAUUUUUUUUUAACCCCAUUAACUCGUGUUCCCUAAUAUAGACCUAUUUUGUUUGGAAUUACACCAUACAAAUGGUCAAAAACUUUAGUUACUGUCUUGGAUAAUAUUUGCUGACUGCUUCAUCCUCAAUUCAUUAAUAAAUAGAACUUUGCCUGGGAAAUCCAUUGCCAGCUACAGAAUUUUUCAAACUAGCAAGUCAAUGUGGAAACACAAAAAAACGAGGGUUAAUUUAAAAUUGAUACCUAUAACUAGUACACCUUAUAAAAUGUGUGAAAUUCUAGUAACAGUCAUUGCAGCACUGUCUGUAUUAUUAACACUUUGCUGAGAAACUGAGAGAGAGCUCAGUGGAUUUUGUUUUACUGAGAGAUCAGGUUUUUUGUGUGUCUUUAUGUACUUACUCACAGCUUGUGGGAGGAAAUGAGUAAGGAGUUGGUGACACUUAUGGAUGAGACUUAGUUGCUUCAGUUAAUAAAAACUAUGGACGAUUUUUGAGAAACUCCAGAUGCGCUCAAACUCAUUCAGGGAUUGGUGACCGUAGUGGCAGGAGAAAUUAAGCUUGAAUAAAAACGCUGUAAUGUCCAUUAUCUCUCAGGGAAGAGAAGUGCUGACUGACUCUGAACUUGAAGGCUUCUCUGAAAAUAAGGACUCGGAGUCAUUGUGGGUGUACUAGUGAAGACCAAUACCCAAGGCUCAGCAGCCAUUUGUGUUUGAGUGCAUUUGGAAAAGGAGUGAUAUAUGGAAAAAAAGAAAAUAUCCAUGGCUCUCAUUUAUGUGGAGUAUUGUCCAGCAUUGGCUGCCUCCUCUGGAAAGACUGAAAAAGGUAAUGAAGAUGGUUAGAGGUACUGAGCAGGGUUGUGAUGUGAGACUGCAAAGACUGGAAUUAUUUAGCCUGGAAAGAACAAUUUUACAAGGAGGGGACUUGCUUGAGGGGGUUCAAAAUUAUAAGACUUGGUGAAAUUAAAGGGAGUACAUUUAGAAUGAAAAAAAUUAAUACCACUUUAUGCAGCUCAGUGUUUGCAAUUCAUUGCUGCUGGUAGGGCUGGCUCUGUGGCCAGUUUCACUGGUACCAUGUAAACUCAGAAUAAUAAAGAUUAAACUGACCGCUUGCUGGCGUCGAAGGGAUUUGUCACCAUGCAGCGUGGCAUGACAGUGUGGAGGGUUGUCGCUCUUCCUCUGAAGCAUUGGGUGUUGGCUGCUGCCAAGGUCUGAUAUAUGACAACGUCUCUGUAUCGCCUUAGGAUUUGUACUGUAAGUGCUUGGCUUAUAAUAAGUCAAGUAGGGAACUAUAAAUUGUCCCAAAUGUAGCAUUUAGACUUCAGUGAUGUGUAUUUUUUUUUUUUUUUUGUCUGCCUAAUCUUCCACAUGGUGUUAACCUCUCUGUGCCUCACUCAACUGGCAAACAGUACCCUGGACAUGGUCGCAUAGCGAAUCCAUGGUAUAGCUGGGAUAAGAACCCAGGAGCUUCCAGGCCUGGGCUCUAGCUGAUACUACAGCCUCCUGGUAUCUUUUUUUUUUUUUUUUUUUUAAUGAAAAGUUUAAAAAAAAAAAUUGUAAUCUCCUAAAUGUGAUAGAACACCAAUAAUCCUCAGUGUCUGAACAUGUAAUUCAGUGAAACAUUACACGCAGGCAUAGCCAGAUAUGAACUGUAUAAAGAAAGCGCUGGGCGAAGACCUGGCUGGACCCCAAGUGGGGAAAGGUUAGGUGGGAAAGAGCGAUUAAUCUGGCAGGUGACAGCCUUGUGUGAAAGAGGAACUAUCCCACAAAAUAAACUCCCGACCUGAGUGUAUUCUGUCACCACCAGCCCACUGGUGACCUGUGAAUCAGUUCUAAAUUGUAGCAUAAGUGUGUUUAGUCUUUCUAACCAUGCAUUUUUGUGAUACAGUAUUGGGCUCCCUUAAGAGUUAGUUGCAGUGUUUAAAAACCACCUGUCCAGGCGCAACGUAAUGGAGAGUAACAGGCACGUUGGUGUUAUAUUCACAUAUGGAGUUCAGUUUUUCUCAGUUUUAGGAAUCCUUCUGCAACAAGGAUGUUGUAGCUGAAUUCACAAUAGCUCUAAAUCAAUUUGUGUUUCUCAAAUAGGCUUCCAUAGAGCAGCUUCCCUCCAAGCGCCUUUGACUGUUUCACUUCUGGUUUGUAGAAAGCUGGUUUACAGUAAAAUCCGGGGGGGGGGGCAGUUUGAUAGGGCUUCAUUCAAUUUAGCUUAUUCUGGGUUUUGUUAUAUUUUCAAAACUUUAUUGAAAAGCUUGCAUCAAGUACCCCUAAUCGCUCAUUACACACUCACACACCCCUAAUAAAAAUCUUGUGGAGUGUGUUACAUUGCAUUUACCAGAAAUCCUAACUAACAUUUUGCAGUGAAGAAAUAUCCUUUUUCCUUUCAAAACUAGUAUUUGCAGCUUGACAUAGUAAAGAACUGUAUUAUCAGCAUAAAAAUAAACAGCAGUUUCACUGAAUCUCCACAGCAGAAACAAAGCUAUAUCCAAAAAAAUUAAACCCACAGGAUACUCUUGGGCUUAAUUCCGCUCCCUAUGGAAACAUGGAGACUGCUUCUAUUUAAAGAAAUAUUUUAAAACAAAAUGAAAUGCAAGGUGUCUUGCUGUAGACAAGAAUUAAAUAUGGGAAAUGAAAUUAUACGCUGCCCUGAAGUUAAACGCUGGGCUGUUUAAAUACAGGCUCAGAUCUUGUAUUGCACCAGCUUAUUGAAAUGCCUGUAUGAACUUUGAUUAAACAGGGAGUGCCUUUUCUUGGGCUUUGCUCCCUGGGGAUGCAGCCUAUUGGUGCAUGGGGAUAGAUGAGCCAUUUGCACGUGGGUGCAGAGGGAAGAGGCAAGACUGGACACCUGUAACUGGGAGAAACCACUGACCACCUGUCUGUGUCCCCUUUAUCUGAGUACAUUCUGUAGAAGUUCUGCAUUGACCUGAGCUCCGAAGACCUUCGCAGAACACAUCCAGGCCUAGGGAGGGGGAGCAGACUACAUGGUAUAAGUGCACUUGCACACACAACAUUCUUGCUGUUCACUGGUCUUCAGCAGACUGGCAGAAUUAUUGGUCAGAUUUCUUCAGAUCAUGUUCUCUUGUCCAGAUGUCUCUUGUUUAUGCAUUUGCAGCAUCACUCAGCCUUUCAAGAUGAGCACUUUUGAACCUUCUCUGUUAAUUGUGAUCAGAUAAACAUCUUCCCCCCAAGUCUCUCCCCCAAGUGUGCUUAUCAGAUCUAUUGGAACUACAGUUAUACAUUUGUUGUGGCUUCUGUUUUUCUCAGUACUUUCUUGCAGUGCCUUGUAAAACCAAACAAUCCAGUGUGUCACAAAAGGGCUGUAUUGUAAUGACCAAACAGUAACACACUUUCGGCUUGCCAUUGCUAGACUGGACUCUGUAACUGAAAAUUUAAAACUGAUAUUUCAAAAGUAAAUAAAACGAGUUAAUUCUU